UCCUCCACCAGUCCGCAGAGACAGCCCCCAGCUCCGAGACCCGCCUCCUCUGCAAGUAAAAAGGGAGCAACUCGCAUUGAUGAAUUAUUCACCAAAGAGCCGGGUGCAGCAGCAAAAGGCAAGUUCGUCUGUGUACAGGAAGGUUCGUGCAUAUAAAGAAACGUGGAACCAGUGUGAAAUGUGAACAGAACAUUCUUCUCUGAAGACAACUUUGCCAAACUUUUUAUAAUUCACUUUGCACUUCAGUAAACACUGUUUGGAACCAGAAUGGAUGGGACAACUCCUGUUUACGCUGAAAAUCAUUCCAUUCGUUUUAACUUAUCCGAGAGAAAUUUUACCUUUGAUCAUUUUGACCAGUGUUAUACGCCACCUGCCAUGAUUUUCACAUUAGCUCUGGUGUACAGUGCCAUCAUCAUCCUUGGAGUUUCCGGCAAUCUGCUUCUAAUCAUUAUCAUAAUGAAACAGAAAGAAAUGCACAAUGUCACAAACAUUCUGAUAGUCAACCUGUCAGUCUCCGACCUACUCAUCAGCAUCAUGUGCUUGCCUUUCACAUUCGUCUAUACGUUCAUGGACCAUUGGAUUUUUGGUGAGGCCAUGUGCAAGAUGAAUUCCAUGAUCCAGUGCAUUUGUAUCACCGUCUCCAUCUUCUCCUUGGUCUUGAUUGCGAUUGAGCGGCACCAGCUGAUAAUCAACCCCCGUGGUUGGAGACCAAGCAACAAGCAUGCCUACCUAAGCAUUGCCAUCAUGUGGAUAGUGGCCAUGCUGACAGCAUUGCCUUUCCCACUGUUCCACAUCCUAACGAAUGUGCAAUUCCAGUAUGACCCGAAAUACUCCGAAGAAUUUGCUGGGAAGUAUUUGUGUUUUGACCAGUGGCCAGCAGAAAACCAGAGGCUGGCCUACACCACGUGUCUCCUGGUAUUGCAGUACUUCGCACCGCUCUGCUUUAUAUUCAUCUGUUAUUUUAAAAUAUAUGUGCGCCUGAGGAGGAGAAACAGCAUGAUGGACAAGAUGAGAGAGAAUAAAUACAGGGCAGAUGAGAACAGAAGAAUCAACAUUAUGCUCAUCUCUAUCGUAGUUGCGUUUGCAGUCUGCUGGCUACCUCUCAACAUCUUCAAUGCUGUUUUUGAUUGGAACUAUGAGGCCAUUAAUAAUUGCCACCACAACCUGGUUUUCUCCAUUUGCCAUCUGGCAGCGAUGCUCUCAACCUGCACAAACCCCAUUUUUUAUGGGUUCCUCAAUAAGAAUUUUCAGAGGGAUUUGCGAUCAAUUCUCCAUUACUGCAAAUGCAGCCCCAGAGAGGAGGACUAUGAGGCCAUUGCCAUGUCAACCAUGCAAACUGAGAUCUCCAAGAGCUCUCUGAAACAGACAACACAAAUUGCUUGAGUUUUGUUGAUUUAAAAAUCUUGUUUGAGCAGUAUGAACAGUAAUUAAUCCCUUGACCUAUGCCACUGAAUGUCACAAGGGAUCUUUCUAUCUACCUUCAUGAACUUUGUACUUUAUCUGUUAAACAGGAGAUUCCUUGCAACUUGUUUUUACAACUUGUUCCUUACAACCUGUACUCCAUAAUGGAUAAAUCUUACCUUAUUUUGAAGAACACUUUGCUACAAUAGCUAGAGAUCAGAAAAUUUACAACAUGAAACUUAUAUCUUUUCUUCAUGUGUUUUUUUUUGCAAAGAGCAUUUUAUUAGCUACCUGCACUAUAUUCAAAUUAUAUUCUGUUAGCAUGCACUUAUUUUUCCAAAAUCUUCUGAACAUAUUAACAAAAAAUAAUUGUUUAUAGUGAUUUCUGUCAAGGAGAAAUGAAGUGGAAGGUGUUGGCUUUUUUCCCAAGUUGAAAGGAAAAUGAAAGAACCAUUACCUCUCAGCAGCAGAGUAAAGGAUGAGUGGUGUUGUUUUUCUUGGGCAGACAAUGGUCAAUGGUAGAAGGACGUGUAAAUAAGAAAGUCAUUGAUUUUGAGAAACCAUUUUGUUUCACAAAAAAAUGUAUUUUUUCUCGCAGGUUUGAUUCUACAAAUUCACUCCCAUUCUGCACCAAGUAAAAUCUGCAGCAGAAACCAUGAACCAAAAAAAAAAAAAAUUGGUGUGAUAACAAUCUUUGGGUUAUCCUGAUAAAGUGUACAAUUAUAAUACCAGUAUUGUUCAAUUGUUGUAUAUUUAAUGCAUGACAAUGUUUGGUGCGAAUAGCUCUUAUCAGCACUAACAAGCAUAUUUUUCAGAAUGAGGUACUUAAUAAGAAAUGUUUACCAUCGCCAGAACAAACAAGUCAUUAACACUCAAACUGAAGCAAAAGAAAAAUGACCAAUACCAGCUUUUGAUAGUGAAAUGUUGCCAAAUUAUUACACAGGUUAAGUUUAUUAAUUUAGAUUUAUGUACUUACUUGACUUGUGAAUGGGUUACUUUACAAUCUCAGCUUGAUGAAAAGGACUUGAUGUAUUUAGCCUGUGCAUGCUUUGUGGGUAAAGUUGUGCAGGAAUUAGCUUUGUCUGAGGGUGCAAAUAACAACAGAGUAUUUAACAUUCUGUUUAAGAAAUGAAUAAUUAUCUUCAAAAAGAUCACAGAGAAAACAUUUACUGCCAUUGGACCUAAACAGAUCACGAUAGCCUCAAUCUAAUUCUUUACCUGCAUUGAAGUACGGUACUGAACUGUUUCUGAAGUAGGGUCCCAACCCAAAACAUCAUCUGUCCAUUCCGUCCCCAGAUGCUGCCUAACUUGCUGAGUUAUAGAGCACUUUGUGUUUAUUUCAUUUAUACAGCAUCUGCCGUUCCUUGUGCCUCCAUAUAUCUAUACUGUGUUAGCGUAUCUCAUUCAGAGCACAGGUAAAAAACACCCUGGGUCAAAGAUGGGAAAAUCAUACGGAUUUCAAAGAAUACUUUGUUUGAAAUACCCUUGGGUUGCAAACUGCAUCAUAUGAAUGUAAAUCUUUCUGUCUUUCCACUUCCUGUGCUGGAAGUCUGUAUCUGUUUUAUUCCAGUAAGAAGUGGAUCACAUUCAUAUUUGAUAUCCACUGUGGUGUAACUUAAUUAAACUCGCUGUGUCUGAA